AUGUCCAAAAAACGCAACAACAAGAAAAAUUUAGAUGAUGAUUUCGAAGAAUCGGCUAAAAGUAAUGCGGAACAAGAAUCUAAGGCGAUAACCUCAAAAAAAUCUAAUAAGAAAGGCAAAAAAGGAAAAAAAGAUGAUUGGAGCGAUGAUGAAGCAGAUACUGUUUUACGAUCUUAAAUCAGAGGGUGGAGACUCGAUAGCUUCUUCAAAACCAGAAUCUGUUAACAAAAAGAAAGGAGGUAAAAAAGGUAGACCCAAUAAAAACGACGAUGGUUGGGGCGAUAAAGAUCUAGACAUUGAACUAAAAAUAUCUGAUGAUGAAGCUAUUGUUGCUGCACCUGUUAAGAAGAAUAAAAAAAAUAAGAAAAAGAAAUUGGAAAGUGAAGAUGAAGAUGAAGAUGAAGAUGUUGAUGAUAUUCCAGAAGAAAUUGUGGAAGAAGCUCCUCCACCAAAACCAUCUAAACCUUCAGGAAAAGCUAAGUCAAAUGCAUUUGCAAACUUAAAAGUUGAAGAUGAUAUAGAUGAUUCUGAAGAAGAAAUUGUAGAGAAACCCAAGGCAAAAAGCAAAGACAAAUCCGAUACCCCUGAACCUAAACCUGUAGAAGAUGAAGAAACUGAGGAUAUCUCAGAAGGUUUAGAAAAUGUAACAAUUAAAGAUGAAAAAAAGCUUACACAUAAAGAAAAAAAGAAGCUGAAAAAGCAACAAGAGUAUGAUAGGCAAAUGGAAGCCAUGUUAAGGAAAGGUGGACAAGGCCACUCUGAUUUAGACAGCAACUUUACAGUAUCACAAGCUCAAAAAACUGCUGGUCAAAUGGCCGCCCUAGAAAAUGCUGUUGAUAUUAAAAUUGAGAAUUUCAGUAUAUCAGCCAAAGGAAAUGAUUUGUUUGUCAAUGCCACUUUACUUAUUGCUCAAGGUAGACGUUAUGGUUUAGUUGGACCAAAUGGUCAUGGUAAAACAACCUUACUGAGGCACAUCCAGCAAAGGGCCUUUUCCAUCCCUCCGAACAUAGAUAUUCUCUACUGCGAACAAGAAGUGGUGGCCGAUGACUUGUCGGCCGUCGAAUCAGUAUUAAAAGCCGACGUGAAAAGAACUACACUGAUGGAGGAAUGCAAAAAACUCGAGGAGGAAUUCAAUUCCGGAAAGAUGGACGUCCAAGAGAGACUGAACGAUGUUUAUGCUGAAUUAAAAGCUAUUGGAGCUGAUUCUGCCGAACCAAGAGCAAGGAGGAUUUUGGCUGGUUUGGGAUUCGAUAAGGAAAUGCAGGAUAGGGCAACUAAAAACUUUUCUGGAGGAUGGAGAAUGAGAGUAUCCCUGGCUAGAGCUCUUUACAUUGAACCAACUUUGUUAUUGCUUGAUGAACCUACCAAUCAUUUAGAUUUAAACGCUGUUAUUUGGCUUGAUAAUUACCUACAAGGCUGGAAAAAAACUUUGCUUAUAGUUUCUCACGAUCAAUCUUUCUUAGACAACGUGUGCAACGAAAUCAUCCACUUGGAUCAGCAAAAACUUUACUAUUACAAAGGAAACUACUCUAUGUUUAAAAAAAUGUACCAACAAAAACGUAAAGAAAUGAUCAAGGAAUACGAGAAGCAAGAGAAACGUAUCAAGGAAUUAAAAUCUCACGGAUCAUCGAAGAAGGCGGCCGAAAAGAAGACGAAGGAAGCUUUGACUAGGAAACAAGAGAAAAAUAGGAGCAAAAUACAGAAACAAGAUGAUGAAGUGUCCGCCACCGAACUGCUGCAGAAACCCAAGGAGUACUCGGUCAAGUUCAGGUUCCCUGAGCCACCUCCUCUACAACCACCAAUUUUGGGAGUACACAAUGUUAAUUUUGCCUUUGAAGGGCAAAAGCCUUUAUUCAAAAACACCGAUUUCGGUAUUGAUAUGAACAGCAGAGUGGCUAUUGUAGGCCCUAAUGGGGUAGGAAAAUCAACGUUUUUAAAACUGCUAGUGGGCGAUCUAACACCCCAAACUGGCGAGAAUAGGAAAAACCACAGGUUGCACAUAGGGAGAUUCGACCAGCAUUCCGGCGAACAUUUGACGGCCGAAGAAACGCCCUCUGAAUAUCUUAUGCGAUUGUUCGAUUUACCGUACGAGAAGGCUAGGAAACAAUUGGGGACCUUUGGUUUGGCCAGUCAUGCGCACACCAUUAAAAUGAAGGAUUUAUCUGGUGGUCAGAAAGCCAGAGUGGCCUUAGCUGAGUUGUGCCUUAAUGCUCCAGAUGUCCUUAUUCUUGAUGAACCUACAAAUAAUUUGGACAUUGAAUCAAUUGAUGCAUUAGCUGAAGCCAUUAACGAAUACACUGGUGGUGUAAUCAUUGUUUCUCACGACGAACGUCUUAUUAGGGAUACUGAGUGUGCUCUUUACGUCAUAGAAGAUCAAACAAUUAACGAAUUAGAUGGCGAUUUUGAUGAUUACAGAAAAGAACUUUUGGAAAGCCUAGGUGAAGUUAUUAAUAGUCCAAGUAUCGCUGCCAAUGCUGCUAUAGCUUAGACACUUUAUAAUUGGAAUUUUAUAUUUAUAAUUAAAC